AGCAUUCCUACCAAAUUGGUAUUUCCCCAGCCCUCGGAGUAUACUUUUAUAUUAGCCUGAACAGAAAAGGUUGAUGCUUUUAUUUGAAAAUCGUGGAGCUGAAUGAGAGCCAUUGGCUUUGAUUUUACUGUGUCUUGGGCAUGGUGGAAAGUGUCAGCAGGUCAAUCUUGGGGGAAACGGUAGGUGUGUGUGCCUGGUGGUGUCAUAGCUCAUCUCUGAUGGGUCCAUGGUACAUGCUCCUUUGCAGGCAGGACGUUCUGUGAGUUAUUCAUCAAACAAUGACACAACACUGAGGUGGGCAGGAAACCCAACGGCUGCUCUGUUAUGUAAGAGGACUUUGGAGGUGAACCUUGUACACAGAGUUUCUACACCCACGGUCAUUGCCCUGCCGAGUCUCUGCACUCUUCAUCUGUGGAGCUUUACCUCUGGGCCUUGCCAGCUGAUUUCCUCCUGCCCCAGCGCAUUCUCUCUGGAUCUCAGCUGGGCAGAACGAAAACAUAAAACCAAAUAAAGAACUGGAGAGUUGUAGGGGGUUCUGUGCCUUCUUAAUCUCAAACCAUGAAUUAUGUGGGCCAGCUGGCUGGGCAGGUGCUCGUCACUGUCAAGGAACUCUACAAGGGCAUUAACCAAGCCACGUUGUCUGGGUGCAUCGAUGUAGUCGUGGUGCGACAGCAGGAUGGCACCUAUCAGUGCUCACCUUUCCAUGUGCGCUUUGGGAAGCUGGGAGUCCUGAGAUCCAAGGAGAAAGUGAUUGAUAUAGAAAUCAAUGGCAGUGCAGUGGAUCUUCAUAUGAAAUUGGGUGAUAAUGGAGAAGCCUUCUUUGUAGAGGAGACUGAAGAAGAAUAUGAAAAGCUACCUGCUUAUCUUGCCACCUCACCCAUUCCUACUGAAGACCAGUUCUUUAAAGAUAUUGACACCCCUUUGGUGAAAUCAAGUGGAGAUGAAAGACCAUCUCAGAGCUCCGACAUUCCUCACGCCUUGGAGACAGAGACAGUUUUCACUCCAAGUUCUGUGAAAAAGAAGAAACGGAGGAGAAAGAAGUGCAAACAAGACAGCAGGAAGGAGGAGCAGGCCACUUCUCCUGCUGUGGAGGACACAUGCGAUGUGGCCGUGAGCUCUGAUGACGAGAAGGGGACCCAGACGACAAGAGGAUCUUCAAAUGCUUCCUUAAAGGAGGAAGACUAUAAGGACCCUCCACUCUUCCAUUCUGGGGAUCACUACCCCUUAUCUGAUGGAGAUUGGUCCCCAUUAGAAACCACUUAUUCCCAGGCAAUGUGUCCUAAGAGUGAUUCAGAGCUGGAGGUGAAGCCAGCUGAGAGCCUGCUCAGAUCUGAGUCUCACAUGGAGUGGACUUGGGGCGGGUUCCCAGAGUCUACCAAGGUCAGCAAAAGAGAAAGAUAUGACUAUCAUCCGAGGACAGCUACAAUCACACCAUCAGAAAACACUCAUUUUAGGGUAAUUCCCAGUGAAGACAGCCUCAUAAGAGAAGUUGAGAAGGAUGCUACUGUUGAAGAUACUAUCUGUACCAUAGUGAAACCCAAACCCAGAGCCCUGUGUAAGCAACUGAGUGAUGCAGCUUCUACUCAGCUUCCUGAACUGCCUCUUGAAGCUCCUCAGAUUUCAUCUAUGUUAGAUGCAGACCAUGUUCCCAGUGCAUCCUCAAUAGAGGCUCCCUCAGAACCCAAACCAGCUGCUAAAGUAGACUCACCAACAAAGAAGAAAGGUGUUCACAAAAGAAGUCAGCACCAGGGACCUGAUGACAUUUACCUUGAUGACUUAAAGGCUCUUGAGCCUGAAGUGGCAGCUCUCUAUUUCCCUAAAAGUGACACAGACCCUGGCUCCCGCCAGUGGCCCGAGUCCGACACCUUCUCUGGCUCUCAGUCCCCACAGUCUGUGGGAAGUGCAGCUGCAGACAGUGGCACCGAGUGCCUCUCAGACUCUGCCAUGGACUUGCCUGAUGUCACUCUCUCCCUCUGUGGAGGCCUCAGUGAGAAUGGAGAGAUUUCUAAAGAAAAGUUCAUGGAGCAUAUCAUCACUUACCAUGAGUUUGCAGAAAACCCUGGCCUUAUCGACAACCCGAACCUGGUAAUACGGAUAUAUAACCGUUACUACAACUGGGCUUUGGCUGCUCCCAUGAUCCUUAGCUUGCAAGUAUUCCAGAAGAGUUUGCCUAAGGCCACGGUCGAGUCCUGGGUUAAAGACAAGAUGCCAAAGAAAUCUGGUCGGUGGUGGUUUUGGCGUAAGAGAGAAAGCAUGACCAAACAGCUGCCAGAGAGCAAAGAGGGAAAGUCUGAGGUCCCGCCAACAAAUGACCUGCCUUCCAGUGCUGAGGAGCCAACCAGUGCCAGUGUGCUGUUGGCUAGGCCUGCAGAGAACGAUACUUCUAGUGACGAGGGCUCCCAGGAGUUGGAAGAAACAAUCAAAGUUGACACCAUCUCCAUCGAGACACUGGGUCACUGUAGCACAGCUUCCUAUAAGAAGUCGCUCCGGCUCUCCUCGGACCAGAUAGCAAAAUUGAAGCUGCAUGAUGGCCCCAAUGACGUGGUGUUCAGUAUUACAACCCAGUAUCAGGGCACCUGUCGCUGUGCGGGUACCAUUUACCUGUGGAACUGGAAUGACAAAGUGAUCAUCUCUGACAUUGAUGGAACAAUAACCAAGUCUGAUGCAUUGGGACAGAUUCUCCCACAACUGGGUAAAGACUGGACUCAUCAGGGUAUAGCGAAGCUCUACCAUUCUAUCAAUGAGAACGGUUACAAGUUUCUAUACUGUUCCGCACGUGCCAUUGGCAUGGCCGACAUGACCCGUGGCUAUCUGCACUGGGUCAAUGACAAGGGCACGAUCCUGCCCCGAGGCCCUCUGAUGCUGUCUCCCAGCAGUUUGUUCUCUGCCUUCCACAGGUAGCCCCAGUGGCUAUGCUGGGUUCCUCCAGGGGCUGGGGUGGGGGGAGCAUUGGAGCCCAGGGCCCAGUGGAGUAUGUGAACAGACAGAACUCUGGACAGGCUCCCAGGCUCUGGAGUGUCUGUUUCUUCAUUUGCUGCUCUCUGAAGUGCUCAAAGAUGAUGAAGGAAAGUGUGACUUCCCACAAGCGUUAUCACCCAGACAUUCUGUCAGGAGACUGACAAGCCAAAGAGGAAGGAUGCUGACCAUGCCCAGGAUUAAGAAAGGAGGGUGAUGUGGGGAUGAAGAUCUGUCCGAGAACAUACUUUAGUAAAACU